AAGUUAUCUCCCUUAGUAUCUUUAGUGAACACAUGUUAGCAAAAUGGCAGUUGCCAGCAUUAAAGUUUACCAGUCGAGGUUUGCAGCACUCAAAGUCGAUGACGACAGUGAUGAAGAGAAAAAACCGACGAAAUCCAACGAGAAAUCCUCUCAGCAACAGCAGCAACAAAAAAAGAAACUGAAGAAAAAGAAGAACAACCAAAAUUCUCAAACGGCUGAGCUGAAAAAUCUUGCUUUUGGUAAAGCAAAUCCAAAGGUUAAGAAGAAUCAAAAGACCAGUUCUGUGAAUGUUAAUGAGAAACAAUGGGAAGAUUGGAAGAAAAAUGAUGAAGAGUUUACAACGGAUAUCUAUGAGAAAGAUCUGCAACAAGCAUUACUCCUUAGCAGGUUGGAAUUUGAACAGAAAAAACCUACAAAAGAAAAAGGAAACAGCUCAGAAGUUAAAACACAGGCAGAAAGUAAGAAGAAAAAGAAAAAAGAAAAGCAAGUUAUUCCCACCAACACAGAACAACCCAAAAAUAAGGUUCCAAACUCCAACAAAUCAGGUGCCAAACAUGAAGCCUCAUUGAAUAAUGAUGGAGAGUCCAAUUGUCUUGAUAAUGCGAAAGCUGGCUAUAACCGCAUUCGGCAUAAUGAAAAGAUGCAAGAAGAAUACCGGAAACAAUAUGCUGUUCAAAGUGUAUUGACUGCCAAACAUGAAGAAGAGAUAAAAGAGAAAGAAAAAGAAGCCAAGAAGUUAAAAGAUAAAGUAGGGACACUAGAAGCAGAAUUAAAGAAUGUGAAGAAGAGGAACGGCCAGUUGGCAAUAAUUCUUAGCCAAGCUGAACUGAAAGAAAAAUAUGAUAUUCUGGAACAAGUGGAUAACUUAACUUCCGUAAAAGAUGAGCUAACAGAUCAGGUGGUGAAAUUAACUCAAGACUUGGAACAGGAAAAAUCAAAAGUCCGUUCAUUGAAGUCGGAAUUGGAUAAAUUAAAAGGCUCCAAGCACAAUAAAGGAGACUCGAAACACAGCUGAAGAAGUUUCAGUGACUGGUCACAUUUGAAUUAAUUGUAUUAUCAAUAUGGAAUCAGGAAGUAGCCAGGAAUAUUGCCAAUUUACUCCCAAGAUUCUCCGAUGCUACUGUUUGAUGAUCGAUGCCAACCACAUCACGGAAGGAAAGAAAAAAUAAGAAAAAAAUAGGCAUUAACUUUUUAAAAAUUACAAGAGAACCAAAUGGAUAUAUUUCUCAACUCCGUUGCUGUUUUUUCUUUUGUUUAAAAAAUUUUUUUUUUAACCUCUUCAUCAAUCAAUGUCCAUAAUGAAUAUGAAUUUUGGAAGUGAAUAGCUCCUGUAUAUAGAGCAGCUAUAAUUACUACUUCAGCCAUUUGUAGUUCCCAACUUAGAAGAUUGAGCUACUAAAUUCUUCAGAAUAUUUCUUCAUACACAACUAAUUGACAUCUUCACUCUACUUGCUCAACAACCGUUUGCUUCUGUUCUUGGUAGUUUCAGUUUUUCUUUCAUCAUAUUGCCUGUGUAUACAUGCACAUGUAUGAAUGUGUGUGUGUGUGUAUGUACAAAAGUAGGAUAUCUAUUUGUAGACUACUAAAUCAGAAAGUAUAUAAACCUGAUUAUAGUGAGAUUUCAUUGUAUCUUGGGAAGGUCAUUGUGCCAACAAUAAAAAAAAAAACAUGCACUGGUUCUAUGUCACUUCUUUUAUUAUUUUCUGGCACUUUACAUUCAGAGUUCAAAUUCUGCCAGGGUCAGUUUUGCCUUUCAUCCUUUUAGGAUCGAUAAAGUACCAGUUGAGCACUGAGGUCACUGAAAUCAACUAACCUGUCCUCUAAAAUUGCUGGCCUUGUGCCGAAAUUUGAAAUAAUUAUUAUUAGUCAACUACGUGACCAAUUAACUAAUUGAUUGUUUGAUUAAUCAUUCAUUCAGUCAGUCAGUUAGGUUCAUCCAGAUUCCUUUUGUUGCCAUUUAAGACCUCAUCAAUGAUAUGACCUCUCUUACCAAGGUCUGUCUAUCUCCUAGUUUACAGAUUGUAUAUUUAUAUUUAUGGAGAUGUGAGAGGGAGAAUAUGUGUGCGUGCAUGCCUGUGUGACAUGGUGUGGAUUCCUGUCAGUGCAUCAAAUGAAAAUUGUGAGAACCAGGUGGGAAUUUAAUCCACAUGCUCUGGUUGACAUCCAAAUAUAUUCAACCACUUUUACCAUACCAUUUGCUAUUCACUAAUUUCCUUGUCUCACAAACAUGCACUUAUGUUAGUGUGUUCAUGCAUAUAUCUAUUACAUAUAUGCAUGCAUUUCUUCCGACAAUAUGCAAAUCUUCACAUUUGUAUCCCCCCCCCCCUAAAAGAAGGAAAAAGACUGUCUAAGAAAAAAAUUCUGUGAAAAACCUGUAUGUGUGUAUUUAUACAAAAAACAAGCCCACACAUACACACACACACACACACACACCAUACACCACACACACAGAAAAACGUUCAUAUUGAUUGGCAUUUAAAAUUUUUUUAAUAUUUUAUUUGAUAGUAGUGCAGAGUUCAAAGCUGACAGCAGGUAGGUGGGUGGGUAAAAGAUCUCCUUCCUUUCUUAAAACAAAAACAAAACAAAACAAACCUUUUUCUCUGUUUCUUAACAGUGAAAUGAAACUACAAACAAUAUGCACAUGGCUUACAUCUAAUUCUUCCUCAGUUGCUUUGUAUUGAAAAAAACGAAAGAAAAAAUAAUAAAUUCUUUCCGUAUGAGUUGGCAUCAACAUACAUCAUAUGUAUCAUUUCAUA